AUGAAGAGGUACCUUGCUCUUCAACUGGAGAGGCCGCGAUCUGCUGUUGACGGAUGGCGUCCAGUUGCGAGCGAGUCUCUUGAUGACCAUAAUAUGGACUUCUCGCUACUGGUCAGCAUUCUACUGCACUCCGUCACAACUACAUUUGGGAUCGCCGCUAAUACACUACUGAUUUAUCUAGUGGUGAACAAAACACCAUCGAAUCUUACAGGCUAUUCUGGCCUAAUUUUAAAUCUCGCCGCAUGUGAUCUUUCCGCAUGCCUCUCCGCUCUAUUCGUUCAGCAGAGAAUCAUACCGGAUGGGCUCGGGCUUUACUAUUUUUCUCAUGGACCGUGCAGGAGUUUCGGACCUAUGGUUUGCUAUAUUGGAUAUAGUUUUAUGCUGCAUUGCUACGCUCACGCUCUUUAUAGUCUAUUGUUUUCGUUUUCGUAUCGCUUUUAUGUCCUAAGCCAUUGUCAGCCAAGGAGAUGCGUUAUCAGAGCGAUCAUCGCCUUGAUCUACAUUCCAUCAUUCAUUCAAUUUGUAACCUUCUGUUUUGCAAGUGACAGCGAAGCCGACGUGAAGUUUGCAAUACGUCACAAAUUCGGUUACGAAACCAACUCGGAGUGCGUCAGCGGGCACCUGAAUAUUCUCAGCUUUGUGACGCUAUACACAAUUCUUCAUAUGACACUGCCUGUUAUUCCUGUCUACAUAACUAUACUGAUUCUUAGAAAGCUGAUCAUUUCGAAGCUUCAUUUUGAAGUGAACAUAUCAGAAAGAUCCCGGCAUCUCCAAUCUCAACUGCUCAAAGUAGGGCUAAUGUAA